AUGGAGACUGUCGAGGCCCGUGCCGAAGAUACGACUCCACCGUUCACGACCAAGCCGGAUGAUUUGGACGAUGACCAGCUUUAUGGAAACCUGACGCAGCGUGCCGUGCCUAGCGAAAGGCCGCCAAGCGCUAUCGACAAUGCCGAUGAAGAACGUCCCGAUGAUGCUGAUGGAAUAACAGAAGACAACGGUGAUUCUGCAGAGAACGCCAAGAAAUCCAAAGCAAAGGAUAUUUUUGGUGAUGAUGACAGCGACGAUGAUGUACAAGUUACCAUCGGCGAUGUCGUGCCACUUGCACACCGUCCAGUUCCGCACCAGCCCCCGGCCGCCAAACUAGACCUCGAUCAUGUGCCGAGUGUGGCCGGUCAAAUCAUCUACGAUCUCGAUCUGGCCCAGAUGGCUGAAAAGCCGUGGCGCAACCCUGGUGCGAACACCCAUGAUUAUUUCAACUACGGGUUCAACGAAGUGACCUGGAAUUUGUACUGCGAGCGCCAAAAGAAGCUUAACCUGGAGUUUGGACACAACCAAGCGGCUGUCAACCGCCAUUUGAUGGACUCUAUCAAGUUGCCGAACCCACAGGGCCCGAUAAUCAGAACGGUUUAUACAAAUCUUGUAACCGGUCGACGUGAUUCGCCUGAUAACUCCAACCGAGCUGCGCGGACUUUGGACAAGGUGAAGCUUGCUCAAACAGCUCCGCAGGCCGGCUUCAAAGUCAAUUUCCAGUUCGAUUUCUCGAAGCCACCUCCGAAUUUUCCGCCAAUCCCUCCGGUGGUGAAACCUGGCGAAGCACCUCCAGGGCUAGACUCGCCGGUCACCACUCUGGCUGGCUUUACUCCGAACAAGCCACCGCCUCUCUUUGAUCUAUCCGUUCCCCCACCCAAUUUUUCGAUGCCGCCGCCUGGAUUUCCGCCGAUUCCAAAUAUGGUGAUGCCUGGUCUCCCGGGAAUGGCUGGCCCCUUCCCCACCAUGCCGUUGAUCAAUAGCCAAAUGGUCAAGCGCGAAUUACCACCAGGGACUGAAGAGUUCGACGCUCAGGACUACGGUAAAAGCCGCCGUGACUACCAGUCCACUCGGACCAGAAGGCGAUCUCGCUCUCGAUCUCGUAGCCGAUCUCCAAAGAGACGCCGUGAAAGCAGAGACGACGAAAGAAAGCACCGACGGCACAGAAGCCGCAGCACCGACCGUGACCGGCAUGACCGCAAGGAGCGUCGCGAUCGUGACAGAAAAGACAAAGAUGAGGACCGGGACCGUAAGAAACGACGCCGUGAUGAAGACGAUGGCGAGAAAAAGAGGCGGGAUGACGCAAUCACUGAAAUUACGGAA